CUUCCCGCACCGCUCGGCGCCAGGACAAGACCCGUCCGAGACCCCGAGAGGCGGACGCAGCGGACCGAUAGUCCGGACCUCCGCCGGCUCCCGGGACCCCAGCGAUCCCAGCACCCCUGGGCCUUCCGCUGGACGCCGCUGUACUCCUGCUCCGUGCCGCCCAGGGUGCUGGACCCCGGUGCGGCCCCCAGUCCUCCUCUCCUACCCCACACCUGGUCCCCUCACCCCAGCCUACCCGAGCUACUCCCCCAGGUCCCCAGGGCGGCUCCGGUGAGGCCCCCUCGAGCCCCGCAGCUGCCUAGGAAGGAGCGUGCCAUGCUCCGGCUCCUGGCGCUGUUGCUCCCGCUGCUGCCACCGCCAGCGUGCGCCCCAGAACCCUCCGAGCAGGACAUGAGCCUGGGUGUGGACUGGCUGACCCGCUAUGGCUACCUGCCGCCACCCCACCCAGCCCAGGCCCAACUACAGAGCCCUGCAAUGCUGCGGGAUGCCAUCAAGGUCAUGCAGAGGUUUGCCCAGCUGCCUGAGACGGGUCUCCUGGACCCACUGACAAUGGCCACCAUGCGUAAGCGCCGCUGCUCCCUGCCUGACGUGCUGGGGGUGGCCGGGCUGGUUAGGCGGCGCCGUCGCCGCCGGUAUGCUCUGAGUGGCAGCAUGUGGAAGAAGCGAACCCUGACGUGGAGGGUACAGUCCUUCCCCCAGAGCUCAUCAUUGAAGCAGGACACUGUGAGGAGCCUCAUGCACUAUGCCCUGACCGUCUGGGGUAUUGAGUCAGGCCUCAAAUUCCAGGAGGUGGAUUCUCAGGGCCUGACAGAGCCUGACAUCCUCAUAGACUUUGCCCGGGCCUACCACCAGGACAGUUACCCCUUCGAUGGGCAGGGGGGCACCCUAGCCCAUGCCUUCUUCCCCGGGGAGCAUUCCAUAUCUGGAGAUACUCACUUCGACGAUGAGGAGAUCUGGACUUAUGAGUCAAAAGAUGGUGUGGGGACUGACCUAUUUGCUGUGGCUGUUCAUGAGUUUGGCCAUGCCCUGGGCCUGGGCCACUCCUCAGCGCCUGACUCCAUCAUGAGACCCUUUUAUCAGGGCCCGGUGGCCGACCCCACCAAGUACCGCCUGUCCCAGGAUGACCGUGAAGGCCUGCAGCAGCUCUACGGGAAAGUGCCCCAAACCCCACAUGUUGAGCCCACAAGGAAACCCCUGCCUCCUCCUUUCCCACCCCCAGACAGCCCCUCCCUCCCUGUUCCUGAUCGAUGUGAUGGCAAUUUCGAUGCCAUUGCCAAUAUCCGUGGGGAAACCUUCUUCUUCAAAGGCCCCUGGUUCUGGCGACUCCAGCCCUCGGGACAGCUUGUGUCCCCCCGACCUGCCCGGCUCCACCGCUUCUGGGAGGGGCUGCCCGCCCAGGUGAAAGUAAUCCAGGCCGCGUACUCCCGGCACCGAGACGGCCGAAUUCUCCUCUUCAGCGGCUCCCAGUUCUGGGUGUUCCAGGACCGACAGCUGGAGGGCGCUGCGCGGCCGCUGGCCGAGCUGGGGCUGCCCCCGGGGGAAGAAGUGGAUGCUGUGUUCUCGUGGCCGCUGAACGGGAAGACCUACUUGGUCAGGGGCCAGCGCUACUGGCGGUAUGACGAGGCGGCUGCGCGCCCUGACCCUGGCUACCCGCGCGACCUGAGUCUCUGGGAGGGGGCUCCUCAGGCUCCAGACGAUGUCACUGUCAGCAACACAGGUGAUACCUACUUCAUUAAGGGCACCCACUACUGGAAAUUUCCCAAGGGCAGCGUCAAGGCCGAGCCGGACUCCCCCCAACCCAUGGGCCCCCAGUGGCUGGACUGCCCGGCCCCCAGUUCUGGCCCUCGAUCCCCCAAGGACCCAAAAGUGACUCCCAAGCCCGGAACCUGCGAUUGUCAGUGCGAGAUCAACCAGGCCAGGGGACAGCCGAUGGUGCCCCUCCUGCUGCCCCUUCUGCCCCUGCUUGUGGGGGGCGUCGCUUCCAGCUGAGGGGGGACCGACCGGGCCUAUACGGAGGGGCCGAGGUCUCCCACCGUUGGCCUGUGGGCAGCUGUGAUCCCUGCUGAGCCCCAUCCUCUGUUCCCAGAGGCGGGCUCAGACCGGUUGGGCUGGAUGCCCAACCUCCACCCGGUCCCCGGAACCCUCCCCCACCUCGUGGAACCCUCCCCCAUCUCGCCUUAUCCCCGCAGGACUUUCCUUUUGGAGGAAUAGGUGGCUUUCCUGGGAGAGCAGCAGGAUGACUCCCUGUAGCGGUCCCCAGCCUGGCAACAGUGGUUCGGUCUGUUUGGGUCUUUAGAGAACAGGCUUGAUUGGGAGACUGAACUCCAGCCCCCCACCCCCCACUGCUCUGAGUUUUCCAGAAGCUCUUCAUCCUGCCCUGCUUCCACCACAUCUCAGUCAACACCACAUGGGCGGGCACCUGGGAUCCAACAGGGAGACCACCCCUGAGGACGCCAGUGUCGCACUUUCCAUCAGGGCAACCAUCUCCAAUCCAGCCUGUGGACUUCCUUGCUGGUCACCAUCCUGGAGCCAGAACUGCUCCUAUUCAAUAGGACACCCUGCUAUCCCUAGAAACCAAUUUCCGCUGACAACUGGAGUGUCUGCGGUUCCCUCAAGAACCCUUUGAGUCAGCUCAAUGCUGGUGAAAGACAGUGGACCACGUCCUUUCUUAGUUCAGGGUCACUAACUCCUCAGUACUCCUAGGUGACAAGUGGGUGGAACCUGGGCCACCUCAUUCAUCCCCUAACCACACUCUUCACAGAAUUCAGGAUCUAAAACUGCCUCUGGAACUGCACUUCUGCAAUGUUCCACAUCAGAAUAACCUAGGGACCUUAAAAAUGCAGAUCCCAUGCCUUCACCCUGAAGUGUCACUCAGGGUAGGCCCAGGAGUCUGCAUUUGAACAAGCUGGGGGUCAGUUGGGUGGCCUGAUGGGCAAGGGUGUUGGGCCAUCAGCUCCCAUCUCUUGUUUCGUCGCUUUUCUGUGUCUCUGCCAUGUUUUUCCAGAAGCCAUACAGAGCCAAGCUGAUGGCCUUCGUUGAGAGGGGUCAGCCCCAUGGGUAUAGUCACUUAGUGACAACUUCUUGAGCUGCCAUCCAGCCUCAUGAGCCCACAGUGCUACAUGGAGCCAAGACUGUGGGCUGUGUAGUCCCAGGGAGCAGGGACGGGGCCCACCAUUAGUCAGGACAAGUAGACCAUUGUGAGGGCAACAGCCGGGCAUCUUCAACCAGUCUGUGACCUGAGAAUGCUAAGCCACCAAAAACCAUCUGGGCCUCUGUCGGGAUCUAUUUGAAGUAUGGGGGUGGGGGACUUGUAUUUAAACACUUGUCAGCCUCGUUCACGAGAACAAUAAAAAUGACUGGAGAGAAAGUCCUUCAUUUCUUCUGAGCAUAGAUGGGCCUUUUGUAGCAGGAACUUUUGACAGACCUGAAUAGCUCUGCUUUGCAAGGUUGGAAUCCUGAGUUGGUGGGUGGCAGGGGAUGGAAGGAGAAUGAGUGGGCAGAGGAAGCAGAGAGAGGAACCCAACAGUUGGUUGGGGGAGCCCAGACGAGGGGUGUCCAAUGUAUAAUUUGAGGCUGCUUUCAGUGCUACAUGGAAACUACUCCUCCAGCCUUUAAGAAUUAAUUAAGCCUACUAUGCAAAAAUAUGUCAAAUUGAUUAAUAUUAUUUUUAAAAUGUUACAAUCCCCUAAUUAAAAUCUAAAACUU